UAAAAAAUUAAAAAUAUAACGAUUCCACAAGAGAUACGGUGAGAAGAAACUGUGUUUCUUACUCUAACUGUUGUUGUUGGGCAUUCCAAGAAGAAACAGCAGCGAAGAGGGAUCGAGAGAGAGAGAGAGAGUGAUUGUCCGUGUAAGUCGAAGAAGGAUUAAAGUACAAGGGAGCUAAGAAGUGCGAUCUGAAAAAAAGUAUGGAGCUGGAGUCGAAUCUCAAUAAGAAAGCAAACGGCGAUGUCGGGAACAAUGAAGGCUCCGAUUCAAAGGAAAGCUCGGUGGAACGCGAAUUGAAUGGCGAGAUUGAAGCGGUAGAGCUGAACGGUGGCUCCUCUAAUGGCCACAAUCAUUGCGGGCACAUAAAGAAGCCUCUGCCUGUAGGUGAUGGUCAUGACGGCCGCAUCAAACGAAAGGCCAAACGCCUCAUCCAAAGACAGAACAGCGGCAGUGGCAGCGGUACCGGUAGUGGCAGCGGCAGCGGCAGCGGCAGCGGCAGCGGCACAUCUGCUACAUUGAUAACCAAUGGCGUCGCUGCUUCUGGUGGCGGUGCUGCUCCAAGCACCGCCAAUUCCACGGUCUCAUCGCUGGCCAAUGGCAUGUUGCCAGCCGGCACGGGCUAUGUGGUGCCGCAUCGUCGUUGGAAGAAUAGUCGAAGAUCCCGCAAUCUGACACGUGGUCGCGGCCUACCCAAAAAAGGCGGCGCAGGCGGCAAAGGUGUUUGGGGAUUGCCCGGCUCUGAAGCGCUGGCCGAGGUGUAUGAAGAUGAGAAUGAUCCCAACUAUGACAGUGAGUGCAACGAUCGAAAUGUGGAGCUGCGCGAGGUCAUUACCGAAAUCACGCCCGAAGAAUUCUUCAAGCUUGCCGAGCCGAUUGUUCUCGAAUACUAUGAGCAUGGGGAUACGCACGAGGUGGCGGUCAGUUUUGACGAGAUAUUGCAGAGUCCGUUGCGCGAGUACAUCACCAGUAUCCUUGUCGAGAUUGCAAUGGAUCAUAAGGACUCGCAGCGGGAGAUGACUUCGGUGUUGAUCUCAGAUCUCUAUGGUCGCGUCAUCACCGGCAAGGACAUCGAGAAGGGCUUCAAUAUGCUGCUAGCCAAUUUGCCCGAUCUCAUACUGGACACACCCGAGGCGCCAGUCAUGCUUGGCAAUUUUAUGGCUAGGGCCAUAGCCGAUGAUUGCAUGCCGCCCAAGUUUGUCAGUCGACCUGAGGAGCACCAGCAGGUGAACGAACAUGCCGAGCAGGCGCUGCGCCGUGCCGACGCGCUGCUCCACAAGCAGGUGUGGGCCCACCUGGACAACGUUUGGGGCAUGGGCGGUCCCCUGCGACCCGUGAAGACCAUCACGAAACAGAUGACCCUGCUGCUCAAGGAGUAUCUAUCCUCCCGAGAUAUGGCCGAGGCGCAACGCUGUCUGCGCGCCCUGGAAGUGCCUCACUAUCAUCAUGAGCUCGUCUAUGAGGCCAUUGUUAUGACACUCGAAUCCUUGAGCCAGACCACCGAAGAGGCCAUGUGCGAGCUGCUCAAAUCGCUCGAUCUAACGUGUCUGGUUUUGCCAGCUGGCAUGGAGCAGGGCUUCAUGCGCGUCUAUGAUGACAUGGCGGAUAUCGUGCUGGACGUGCCAUUGGCGUAUAUAAUACUCGAUCGAUUUGUAGAACGCUGCAAUCGUGCCGGCUUCCUAACCGACAAGAUUAUCAACAAUGUGCCAUCGCGUGGACGCAAACGUUUCGUCUCUGAAGGCGACGGCGGACACGUUAAGCCGGCAACUUUGCCCAUGCACGACUAAAAAGCAAGGAUCGAGUGGCUUCAAUUUGGAGCAGUGGCAGCAUUAGCAGCAGCAGCAAAAAAUAAAAACUAAAAUGAAAUAAAUACAACAAAAACAAA